ACCUGCCAUAAAAUUUACCUGUUUAACCUGCCCCCACCUGCCCAAACCCAACCCCCAUCUGAACUACCUUGCUACACAGAGCAAGCUCAGUUCCUUGUUCAAAUAAGCUAACUUUCUAUUUAAGGGAGCGAGGGAGAGUGACAACCUAGCAACUGGCACUGGCGUGUGAAAUUUAUUUUUGUCAUUUAUUUACUUUUAAACCUAAAUAUUUGGAUUAGGUGUGUGCCGCUUUUGUCGUGUAUCCUGUUCCCCUCCCUAAACUUUGAAUGCUUGAGUUGGACACGAGACUCAACGUUGUGUAGUGGCACCAUUGAUGGGCCAUAGAAUGAAGUCAAACGAGGCUUACAACUUUGUAUUUAAAGUGGUUCUGAUUGGAGAGUCUGGCGUAGGCAAGAGUAACCUGCUUUCCCGCUUCGCCAAGAACGAGUUUAACCAUGACAGUCGUACCACAAUUGGGGUAGAGUUCAGUACACGUACAGUCCAGCUGAACGGUCUCACCAUCAAGGCCCAGAUAUGGGAUACAGCAGGCCUGGAGCGUUACAGAGCCAUCACUUCUGCCUAUUACAGAGGUGCAGUUGGGGCACUUUUGGUCUAUGACGUUACCAAGCACCUGACCUAUGAGAGCGUGGAGCGCUGGCUAAAGGAGCUGUACGACCAUGCGGACCCCCACAUUGUAGUCAUGCUAGUUGGCAACAAGUCUGACCUGGUGUCAGAGCGUUCAGUGCCCACAGAGGAAGCCAAGGACUUUGCAGAGAAGAAAGGCCUGCUAUUCCUCGAGACUUCAGCCUUGGAGUCUACAAAUGUUGAGGCCGCUUUCAAUGACGUUCUUUCAGUAAACCUAUCCCAGGGGGUUCAUAUUGCAUGGUGAGUAAAAUAAUUAUGGUCCUGGAUGAUGGAGCAAAUGUGCAGAGAUAAGAAGAUAGGUCUUAUAGUAACUGCUAUCCGUGGUGUACAAGCACAACAAUUAUAAAUUCAGUCAAAUUUACUCACAAUAAAUACAUGUGGCCCAAUAUCAUGGUAGUUGACAAUUUAGCAAUAAUCUGCAAGCUGAAAUGAGAAGAAACAUGUUUUGACAUGAAUUUACAUUGCCAAACACUGGUUGUGUCACUAGUUCAGUUGUGUCAGUAGCUUUUUGUGCUGCAACCAUUUUGAUUACAUGUCUGAGAAGUUUGUAGAGUAAUCACUAAUCAGUUUAUGUUUUCCCCUUC